AUGUCGACCCCGAAACCAAUCCUGAACGCGGAAAAUCUCGCCCUCACCAACAAACGCAUCGGUGAGCUAAAGAAAAAGGUGAUGCUGGCCGAAGGGCAGAAGAAGGCGUACACCGAGGAGUGGAACGACAAGAAAAAGGCCCAAAACGACCGGAUGGGUGAGCUCCGGAAAGAGGUACGCGAUCUAACCAACAAGCUGUCAUAUCUCUACAACCCAACAAGCGCGAAGGCCCAGAAAAACGUGCAGGAGAUCAAGCGACGCGUGCCACUUCCACCUGGUGCCCGAUCCGUCGCAGACGCCCUACGUAUCGUCGACCUGAAGGUGAUUGAUCUGCACAAGCAGACGGAUGUGACAGAAGACCGGAUGCGAAAGCGUGAGCGUCACUUCAAGCAGUUAGUCGAGCAGUACCAGGCGCUCGUUGGUUACCGGGACGCGAAGUGUGACGGUUCGAAUCCACCGGAAACGAUCGAAGAGGACGCGAACCGGAAGCUGAUAACGCGGCUCGAGAAUGAGAUCCACCGUACGACGGUCCAGUGGAUGGAGGCCGAACACAUCCGGAAGAAGUACCGCGGUAUAAAGUCCUCGCUGAUGCGUGACGCGGAGAAGUUCGAGAGCUCGCUGUUGGAGCUCGAGCAGGCGAUCACGGAGCAGCAGGCCGAGAUCAACAAGCUGGAGGAAGUGCACAAGGAGGCCGUGCAGAUGCGUGACAGCACGAAAACGAUCCUGCAGCGGCAGGAGCAAACGACGCACUACUCGAAUAAGGCGCGCGAGAAGCAGGCACAGGACUUCCGCCGGCAGGUUGAAGAGCGCAAGCUCGAGCUCGAGCGACUCGAGCGGAAGAUCUUCUCGUCCGGCAAAACGCUCAUCCACCAGGAGAGCAUCCUGUCUGGUUCGGGUGAGCAUGGGCGGGCUGGUGAAGGUGGUGAUGAUGGUAGCAGCAUACACGAUAAGGACGGUGCGUCUGAGAUGGAGCAGAAGUUCAAGAAGCUGAUGCAAGCGACAGGUGUUAGUGCGGCCGGGGAGGUUGUGGACCGGUUCCUGGCGCAAAGGGAGGCAUCUGCGAGGCUCACGUACCUGCGGACAGUGACGGAGAACGAGAAGAAACAGCUGGAGGCACAGCGGGAGUUGAUGAAGGCCCAGCUGGAUGCGUUCAAGUUCGCGGACGUGAAGGAUAGCGACGUCAACCAGGAGGAGUUGGAGAAGAUCAAGAACUCCAUCGAAGAGGAGAAGCAACGGCGUGAGGAGUGCGACAAGGCGAUCGAGUACACACGCAAUGUGUUUGACACGAUUAAGGAUGCGCUGAUUGAACUGCUGCUGAAGCUGCGUGAGAUCGAGGAGAGCCUUGACACGACCCCACCGUACGGCCGCAGGACACCACUGAAACCGGCCGAGCUGAAGGACAUCACCUCCGGCAGGUUAGCCGUCGAGGAGCUCGGCAAUUUGCUCGAGGAGCGGAUCAAACUCGGCCUGAUAGCGAGUGGCCAGCUGGCGGCGGAUGUCGACAGUGGGCUGUCGGAAGAUGAGGGUGAAGGUGCGGGCCUACAGGCGGGUGGGUCAUCCCCUACAACCACACCACCGACACCGGUAAGCGGCCAGCAACAGCUAUCCCCCGGACCGAUCGUACCGGCAUCAACCGCCGGAAGUAGCGUGCUUUCCGGUUCAUCCCCGGCCGGUGAGGAUCGCGAAAAGCCACCCGCUUAUCCGCCGGUGUAUAUGAACCUGAUUGCCGGUCGCACAACCACACAGAUCUCGUCGACCUCGCCGGGUCAAGGGACAACCGUCGUCCUGUCCGAUGACGAAGGUGACGUCCCGUCUCGGAGUUAUCUGAAGCGCCAGGCGAACAUGAUUAUCGAGGCGAAAUCACGCCGGAAGGGCUUCCGGAUGCCGGUUCCGAAGCGACGCUAG